UAACACAUCCUUUCUCUCACACCUUCUGCUGAAUUGUCUAUCACUGAAUCCCUCUCCUCUGCUUUUCAAUCAUUUUUUUUUUCCAACUAAGCGUUGAGUAGAAAGAAACCAAUCUGUUUGCAGCAGUGACAGUUCUCAGUCUCCGGCUACCUUUGUCUGCCUCCAAGUGUUGCUUGUGCUGUUUCCAUUGCUAAUAUGACCACCAUGCCCAGUGAGGUACAUUCAGCCCCUCUGCUACAGCAGCAUUCUGCUCAUGCUGUCCUGGGAUGUGACCCUGUAGUUCGGUUACAGCCCAACAACGGCCAUGUUAAAAUGGAGCAGCUGUCUCGUGGGAGAAGGAAAAACAUGAAGGGGAGUUGGAAAGGGAUGUGUGUGUGUGUGUGUGUGUGAAGGAGGAAAAAAACAGACCCAUUCCUUUGGAAUCUCCUCCCAUCUAGAGUCAGACACUCUGACAUAGCUAAGUGAGGAAACCAGGGUUUGAUGGAGGGAAAAGAGAUUACUGAGAUUUCUAAGAGUUGAAAAAGGAGACAAUAAGUUGUUACAUCUUAAGAGGCAAAGAAAAAAGUAAGUAAGAAAACCAAGGCGAGAAAAAGUAUCUAGGAUAACUGAAGACAGCAGUUGGAUUAGCAUACAGUAGGGAGUGCCAAGCAUCUGCAGUGCAGACAGGUGUGAUGAAGCAGUCUCCCAGCGAUAGCUGCCUGACGAGGGCUGACGACGACUGACGUGUGUGUGUGGAGGAAGGAGGAAGUGUCAGCUCAGAGGACGACAGAGGAAGCAGUCUUCAGCUUGUGUGUGUGUGUGUGUGACAGAGGAGCCCCGAUCUUCUUCUUCUUCUCCUCAUGAGGCUUGUUUAGAAACCAACUCAUCUUCAGGAAACUGUUGCCCUAAGGAGUCAGGACAGUACCCCUCCACCUCCAGCCCACCACCGCCACCACCAUGCUGCAACAGAUCUUAAAGGACAUGUACAUCGACCCAGAUGUGUUGGAGGCCCUGAAUGAGGACCAGAAGAAGACCCUGUUCCUGAAGAUGAGAGAGGAGCAGGUGCGGCGCUGGACGGAACGUGAGGAGAAAGAUGGGGACCAUAGGCCAAAGUCAAAGACAGCCAACAGUAAGAAAGUGAGCUGGUUGCUGGGCAGGGAUGGAGAUGUGGCCGUCAUGGUGAUCGGAGAGGUGGAUGAGCUGAAGACCUCCAAACUCCUCUGCACUGGGCCUGUGGAGAGAAGAGCACCACCAAGCCUGCACAAUAACACACGCCACCAGACAACCUCCCUGAAGAGCAACCUGGUAAACAGACCAGCCUCAGAAACUAUCAGAACUCAGAGAGAGGAUCUGCCUCCCAAAACACAGCCAGGGAUACAGCUCAAUUUAAAGGAGAACAGUGAGGAAGUGAGGACAUUGCCCCCUCUACAGGUGGCAGGGAGUGAGCAGCAGCCACCUGCAGCAGUGGAAAAACAGGCUGAGUUGAAGCAGGAUGUAGAAGUAGAUGCUCCACAGGAAAAGCCAGUCCUCCUGUCCUACAGACCUCAUCCCAGAGCUGGCCCUUCCAACCUGAGGCUGGGUACCACACUGUCCUCUAUCCCCAAGAGCAUCACCAUCACCCCAUCUCCUGUACCCAGCUCCACUCCAUCCCCUGUCCCCACUGUCACACAGUCUCCUGUCCCCAAGACCAUAACCCCUGUCCCUACCAUAACACAGUUUUCUGUCCCCAAAACCAUCACACCGUCCACUGUCCCUAGCAUCAUAACACCAUCCCCUGUAACCAACAGUGUCACACCGUCUCCUGUCCCCAUCAGUGUCACACCUUCUCCUGUCCCCAGCAGUAAUGCCAUCAGAGAUGCUCUAGAAAAGGGCACUGCCAAAGCACACGCCACAGAGAAGACCAUCACACAGUCCCCUGUUCCUAGUCCCAUCACACUGUCCCCUGUUCCUAGUCCCAUCACACAGUCCCCUGUUCCUAGUCCCAUCACACUGUCCCCUGUCCCUAGUCCCAUCACACUGUCCCCUGUACCUAGUCCCAUCACACUGUCCCCUGUUCCUAGUCCCAUCACACUGUCCCCUGUCCCUAGCCCCAUCGUACUGUCCCCUGUCCCUAGCCCCAUCACACUGUCCCCUGUCCCUAGCCCCAUCACACUGUCCCCUGUCCCCAGCUCCACUCCGUCCCCUGUCCCAAGCUCCACUCUGUCCCCUGUCCCAAGCUCCACUCGGUCCCCUGUCCCAAGCUCCACUCGGCCCCCUGUCCCCAGUACCACCUGGUCCCCUGUCCCCAGUACCACCUGGUCCCCUGUCCCCAGUACCACCCGGUCCCCUGUCCCCAGUACCACCCGGUCCCCUGUCCCCAGUACCACUCGGUCCCCUGUCCCCAGCUCCACUCGGUCCCCUGUCCCCAGCUCCACUCUGUCCCCUGUCCCCAGCUCCACUCUGUCCCCUGUCCCAAGCUCCACUCGGUCCCCUGUCCCCAGUACCACUCGGUCUCCUGUCUCUAGCAUCUAUACACCGUCCCCUUUCUACAGGACCAUCACUCCAUCCCCUGUGGUUAGCAGCACGGCCAUAAGAGAAGCUCUGAAGAAGAGCACCGCCAAAACACGUGCUCCAGAGAAGACCACUGUCACUCCGCUGUCCGUUACAACCAGACCCCACCCCCAGGAGCCAGCUGAGCCCCACCCCCAGGAGACGCCCAGCAGCAGAGAGGGAAGGACACACAUUCCAGUGCUGCUUCCCGACUCUGGCCCUGGGCGACUGGCCCUGGGUGACUGGCCCUGGGCAACGCUCGGCCGGAGCUGAUAAGUGAUGGGGCCCCCAGCCUCCACACAGCGCCGUGCCGGACGCCC